AUGGGCCCCGGCGCGCGGCUGGCGGCGGUGCUGGCGGUGCUGGCGCUCGGGGCCGGGGAGCGUCCCGGGGCUGCGGCGCGGGGAGACACGUUCUCGGCGAUGACCAGCGUGGCGCGCGCCCUGGCGCCCGAGCGCCGGCUGCUGGCGACGCUGCGGCGCUACCUGCGCGGGGAGGAGGCGCGGCUGCGGGACCUGACCAGGUUCUAUGAGAAGGUACUUUCUUUGCAUGAGGACUCAGCUGUCGCUGUGGAGAACCCUCUGCUUGCCUACACGCUCAUCAAACGCCUGCAGUCUGACUGGAAGAAUGUGGUCCACAGCCUGGAGGCCAGUGAAAACAUCCGAGCUCUGAAGGAUGGAUAUGAGAAGGUGGAGCAAGACCUUCCAGCCUUUGAGGACCUCGAGGGAGCAGCCCGGGCCCUGAUGCGGCUGCAGGAUGUGUACAUGCUCAACGUGAAGGGCCUGGCCCGAGGCGUCUUCCAGAGGGUCACGGGCUCCGACGUCACGGACCUGUACAGUCCCAGGCGCUUUUUCUCCCUCACAGCCGAUGACUGCUUCCAAGUAGGCAAGGUGGCCUACGACAUGGGGGAUUACUACCAUGCCAUUCCAUGGCUCGAGGAGGCUGUCAGUCUCUUCCGAGGAUCCUAUGGUGAGUGGAAGACAGAGGAUGAGGCGAGUCUGGAGGAUGCCUUGGAUCACCUGGCUUUUGCCUGUUUCCAGGCAGGAAAUGUGUCACGUGCCCUCAGCCUCUCCCGAGAGUUUCUUCUUUACAGCCCAGAGAAUAAGAGGGUGGCCAGGAAUGUGUUGAAAUAUGAAAGGCUUUUGGCAGAGAGCCCUCACCAGGCAGCGGCUGAGGCUGUCAUCCAGAGGCCCAAUGUACCUCACCUGCAGACCAGAGACGCCUACGAAGAGUUAUGCCAGACCCUGGGUACCCAGCCCGUUCGUUACCAGAUCCCCAGCCUCUACUGCUCCUACGAAACCAACUCCAGCCCCUACCUGCUGCUGCAGCCCAUCCGCAAGGAGGUCGUCCACCUGCAGCCCUCCAUUGUUCUCUACCAUGACUUCGUCAGCGACUCGGAGGCUCAGAAAAUUCGAGAGCUUGCGGAACCGUGGCUCCAGAGGUCAGUGGUGGCAUCAGGGGAAAAGCAGUUACAAGUGGAGUACCGCAUCAGUAAAAGUGCUUGGCUGAAGGACACUGUUGACCCAAUGCUGGUGUCCCUUGACCACCGCAUUGCUGCCCUCACAGGCCUUGAUGUCCAGCCUCCCUAUGCAGAGUAUCUCCAAGUGGUGAAUUAUGGAAUCGGAGGGCACUAUGAACCUCACUUCGACCAUGCUACGUCACCAACCAGUCCCCUAUACAGGAUGAAGUCUGGGAACCGAAUUGCAACAUUUAUGAUCUAUCUGAGCUCGGUGGAAGCCGGAGGAGCCACGGCCUUCAUCUACGCCAACCUCAGCGUGCCUGUGGUGAAGAACGCAGCGCUGUUUUGGUGGAACCUGCGCAGGAAUGGUGAGGGCGACGGUGACACGCUUCACGCUGGCUGUCCUGUCCUGGUGGGAGAUAAGUGGGUGGCCAACAAAUGGAUACAUGAGUACGGGCAGGAAUCCCGCAGACCCUGCACCUCCAGCCCCGAAGACUGAAGCUGGCCAGACCGCAGCUGCGGAGCACCAGGGCCCGCCAGGAACAGGAGCCAAAGCCAGCGUCGCGGAGGGGAGCAGCCAGCCUGUGAGAAGACCUCGCAGCAUCGCCGGGUUCCUUGCAGAUGGAGGCAAGAAAUGGCCUUCCCCAGGCAACCCCUGAGAACUCGCAUUUGUUUCUUCUCCGGCCAGUGGUGUCAGAGUGGAAUGAACAAUACAAAGGAGUCCUGAGAAGAAGUUUCUGGUGUUCAGACAUUGCUGGGAAUCCAGGGUAUAACAGACCUAGGGCUUUUGCAGCUCAGUGACAGAGGACUUGCCUACCAUGUACAAAGCCCUGGGUUGUUUCCUAGUACUGGGGGCGGGGGACCCUAUUUUGGGAAUGGAAUAUGUCACCUAACUUCUGCUAAAACCCAAGCAGGGAGUACCUGACCCAGAGGUGUCCCUCAUACGAAUGGUAUACCAUGUGAUUUUUUUUUAAGUGGAAAGUAAUUUCAUUUGAUUUUUUUAUAUAAAACUCACUCAUUAAAAAUGUUUACAAAUUG